GCCCAAUUCUCUACAAGGUCACGAAGCUGUACGGCGCAUGGAUAUGCUGGAAAGGCUAUCAACACCUUGAUUGGAAGGACCUUCAUGACGAGUACGGGCCCAUAGUCCGAACGGGACCCAACGAAGUGUCCAUCAUUGAUGCGCAAUCAAUUAUCACAGUUUUCGGGACGAGAGGACUUCCCAAAGGCAUCUAUUAUACAUGCCGACACGUAUCUCCCCCUGGAUCUACUUCUCUCAUACUGUUGACUGGCGCUUCGCAUACCAGCAGACGACGCAUCUGGUCUAGGGGCCUGAACGCCCAGGCGAUCAAAAACUACGAGGUCCACAUCUCAGAGAGAGCGACACAACUAGCAGAGAAAUUACAAGACUUGAGUACCAAGUCUCUGGACUUGGUAUCAUGGCUGAGCUACUUUGCCGUGGACUUCAUGGGGGAUAUGGCGUUCGGAGGCGGUACUGAAUUGAUUGCGAAUGACGGCCAAGGUGACGGGAUCUUCGCCAUGAUGGAUAUAUACUGGAGAGUUAUAUCCGCGGUGUGCCAUGUCCCAUGGGCGUACCAAGCCGUUGCCUCCAUCGUUCCGCUUUUCUCCAAGCGAUUUGGGGGGAUGAGGCCGUAUACAGCACAACGUGCCACUAAUCGUAUACAAAGCGGCUCGAAGACGAAGGAUUUGUGGUAUCAUUUGAUGGAUAAAGAAGGCUUUGAGAAAUCCAAGCCGCCCGUGAACGAUGUCAUCGCCGACAGUUUGUUGGCGGUCGUAGCUGGAUCAGACACCACUGCAUCAGCAAUGAGUUGCAUGUUAUGGUGUCUCUUGUCGGACCGUGAUUGCUUCAAGCGUUUACAACAUGAGAUAGACACCGUGUUCCCGGACGGUGCCGAUGCUUUAGACGUAUCGAGGCACUCUGAGCUUCCGUAUUUGAGAGCCUGCAUG